UUUGAUGCAAAUAAUAAGACUAUUUCAAAAUAUUGUAUUUUAUCUGAUCAUAGCUGGUAAGCUAAAGGGGCGUAGGAGGAGAGAGAGUUAUAGAGGAGGAAAGAAAAUAAAAGUAGUUCUUUAACACGUUCGCUACUAAUAUAUUUGUUCAUUCAUCCGCUAUUAUAAUCAAUAAUUUGUGGAUGUUCUUCCAUGUGAUUUAUCAUCAACAAUUAUACUAAUAACUAUGUUCAAUAAAAUAAUAUUUCGAUGUUUCAUUUGUUUUUUGUUGAUAUCUGAUUGCACAUGGUUCAUUCAAUGUACCGAACGUUUGAAAAAGCCGACAGUACUGAUAGCAAUUUUAAUUAGAAAUAAAGCCCAUACAUUACCAUACUUUCUAAGUUUGUUAGAACAACAAAACUAUCCUAAAAAUCGGAUAACGUUAUGGAUUCGUAGCGAUAAUAAUAUUGAUAAUACGAGUGAGAUAUUGAGAGCAUGGUUAACAGAAGAAUCAGAAAAAUAUCAUACUAUCAAUACGAUUAUAGAUGACAAUUCAAAUGGAUUUGAAGAUGAAAAAAGUAGUACAGAUUGGUCGCCUCUUCGAUUCACACAUGUCAUUAAUUUACGUCAAGAAGCAUUGGAGUAUGCCAGAAAAAUAUGGGCUGACUUUAUUUGGAUGAUCGAUGCUGAUACUUUUUUGAUGGAUCCAAAUACUCUGACAAAUUUAAUAUCAAAAGAGCAAGUUGUGGUUGCUCCUUUGUUAAAAUCAGAUGGAUUAUACAGUAAUUUUUGGGCUGGGAUGACCGAUAAUUAUUACUAUCUUCGAACAGAAAAGUACCAGCUUAUUUUAUAUCGCGAAGAUGUAGGAUGUUUUAAUGUUCCCAUGGUUCAUAGUGCUGUUCUUAUUAAUUUAAAUAUGGUACAAUCAGAUUUGUUGUCUUAUAAUUUUACAAAUUUACCAAAGUAUGAUGGUCCUUUAGACGAUGUUAUAACUUUUGCUGUUGGUGCUAAUGAAUCAGGUGUCCCAUUGUAUAUCUGUAACGAUCAAUUAUAUGGAUACAUCAUGGUACCAUUGGGAGUAGAUGAAACAAUUAAAGAAGAUCUUCAGAGGCUAACAAAUAUUAAAUUACAAAUGUUGUCAGAAGAUCAUUUAUCAAUAUCGAAUAGUAUGAAAAAAUUCAUAUCUUUUCCAAAAAAAGACACUCUUGGGUUGGACAAUAUUUAUAUGAUUAAUCUUUUAAGAAGAUCAGAGAGACGUACUAGAAUGUAUCGUCUUUUUGAAGAACUCGGCGCCCAAGUAGAAACUUUUAAUGCAGUGGAUGGCAGCCAGUUAAGCGAAGAAGAUCUAGAUAAUUUGGGUAUAAAAUUAAUGGCAGAAUAUGAAGAUCCUUACCAUAAAAGACCUAUGACAACUGGAGAAAUUGGUUGCUUUUUAAGCCAUUAUUAUAUCUGGAAUCAGGUAUUAAAAAAUAAAUACGAACGAGUUAUGAUUCUGGAAGAUGACAUUAGUUUUGAGCCAUUCUUUCGACAGAAAUUGUAUUUUCUUCUAUCCGAAUUGAGUACAUUACAGAUUCCAUGGGAUUUAAUAUACAUAGGAAGAAAAAGAUUAAUAGAAGAAGAUGAAUCGUGGGUAGAAGGUUCUAAGUAUUUGGUUAAUGCAGCAUAUAGUUACUGGACUCUCGGUUAUAUUUUAUCAGCUACUGGUGCCAGAAAACUUGUUGCAGCUGAACCACUUCAAAAUAUGAUACCUGUUGAUGAAUAUAUUCCUAUUCUAUCAAAUGCUCAUCCAAGAGAGGAUUGGAAAAAGCAUUAUCCAGUACGUAAUUUGAGAGUGCUAUCUACAAAUCCUCUUUUGAUACAUCCUACUCAUUAUACGGGUGAUCUGGGAUAUAUAAGUGACACAGAAAAUUCAAAGAUCGUUUUUGACAAUCAAGGAAGCAAUAUUUUGAAAAAUCGAGACGAAUUAUGAAUAAUUAAAAAUGUUCUAUAUUUUUUUAACAUAACACUAUACAAUUAGAUGAUAUUUUACAAUAAUGCAAUUAUCUCAAUUUGCUAUAUAUUAUUAUUGGUAAGUAUUUCAUGAUUUAUGCUUCUACCUAUAUUUCUUUUGUAUUUUUCUUACAAGUACAUAAUCGCGUGCCAUAAUAUUUAUU